AGUAGACGAUCAUUAGUUCUGUUCAUUGUAUCGUCAUUGACACUUGUUGCUUUACAAGUAGAGCUACUAAUGCUGUUGAAUUUAAUCACAAGCGAAACAGUAUCAAUCAGUUGAUAUCUAUUAAGAGAAAUUCGAGAAAUAGGCGUAUCACAUUUUUGUGACGGUGACGAAAAGAAUUGAAGACAACUCUAAAGUUUUGUGAAAAAAAUUUCUUUUUGACUUUGUUGUUCCGAAGCAAAUGCCGCAUUUUUUCGACCAAUCAAUCAAGAUCGUGUGAUUUUGUUGCGUUUCUGAAGAAUUCUUAAUCAUACCUAAUUUACAUAAAAUCCUUUGUACGUGUAAAGAAUUUUAUCGAUUAUUUGAUGACAAAAUGAGCGCUGGAACAGUGGCGUCUACUUCGAGCAGCGGUGGUGACUCACAGCCAAACACCGAAACGAUAGACCGAAGUAUAUAUGUUUAUUUGAUUCCGCAGAACGAUCGCAUGCACAUUUGUUACCAUCUUGAUCAAAAUAAUGUGUGGGAACAAGCCGCGAUUGAGAUGGGCUACGCUACAAACGAUAUUAUUAGAGUGAAGAAAAUGGCUCAAGAUAAACGCAUAUCACCAUCGGAACAGCUACUUUCACUGUGGAGCGAUCAAAAUCACACUGUCACUGAAUUGUUUAUGGUGUUACAUAGAAUGAAGCAAUAUGAAGCAAUGGAAUGCCUUAAAGAUCAUGUACAUAAAAAGUAUCAUCGUUUGUUAUGGAGUGCAUUGCCAAAUUUUCAUGUAUUGCUUGCAAAAAUAUCAAUGGAAACAAGUAAACGGAACAAUGCGUCAUCGAAAAUUUUGAAUGGACCAGAAAUGAGUCGAGACACGAACGAAAGCAGUGACUAUUCGGAUUCAGUGAUAACAAGCAAUGGUAGCGAUAACAAAAAAGCAUGUGAUAUCGCCGGACUUAUACCAUUUAUUUCAUAUGAGGAGCUUGUGACUGCAACAGAAAAUUGGAGCGAAAAAAAUAUUUUGGGUCGUGGUGGAUUCGCAACUGUAUUUCGAGGUCGUUGGAAAUCGACUGAAGUGGCCAUCAAAAAACUUCAAUACAAGAGCGAUGAUGCAAAGAAAAAUGCCACAGUGCAAAUGAAACAAUUGGAAACGGAAUUGUCGUUUUUGAAUUCAUGCAGGCAUGAUAACAUUCUACCACUGUAUGGAUACAGUAAAAAUGGGCCCGAACCCUGUUUGGUAUACCAGUUUUUGUCUGGUGGAUCUCUGGAACGUCGAUUGCGUGGAAAAACGGGAAAGCCGUUAACAUUGCAUCAACGGAAUCGAAUUGCACUUGGGACAGCUCGAGGCCUUCAAUACCUUCAUACUUAUAUUGGUGGAAAACCUCUGAUCCAUGGUGACAUAAAACCAGCCAACAUAUUGCUCGAUCCAUGUUGUGUGGCGAAAAUUGGCGAUUUCGGUCUCGUAAGACAAGGAAGCACCGAAUCAAUGGAAGUGUCAUCAAUUUACGGAACCCGUCCCUAUCUGCCGGCAGAAUUUUUAUACCAUAAAACUCUUUCUACAAAAAUCGACACUUACAGCUUUGGAGUUGUGCUGUUCGAAUUAUAUACAGCAAUGCGAGCGUAUGAUAAAACCCGUGAACCUCCUCAAUCACCGUUUUUAGCAAAGUUCAUGUGUGGAAAAAUAAAAAAUAACGAACAUUGGAUGCUCAUCGACAAGUCAUUACAAAUAUCGUCACAAGAAGACAUCUCGAAAUAUGAUAGUCUGAUGAAAAUCGGAAUGGAAUGCACAGAUGAAACGUCCAGUAGGCGUCCCGAGAUGGUGCAAGUAUUGCAAAUACUUGAAACUCUACUUGGAAAUGAUGAUGACUUCUAAUAAAUAAUUUGCUUAUAAUAGAUUUAUUAGUUUUGAAUUAAGAAAAAAAAAAACAAAAUUGACUUUAUUCCAAAUGUAUAAGAAAGAACCAUUGUACUAUAUUCAGGCAUAACGAAAAAUAAAACAACAAAUAAUACAAACUAA